GCGCGCCGCACUGCCCUCUUUCUCUCCGAAGUGCGAUGGCGGCGAGCAGCGUUGCGUCCGUAGCGACUCCCCUCCUGUCUCUGGACCCGGAGCGGCAGCGCGAGUUCCAGGCUGAGGUGCAGCGGGUGCGCAAGGCGGCCGCCAAGAAUCCGAAGGUGAGGCCUGGUGUCGUUUACGUGGGUCACAUCCCGAGAGGCCUCUACGAGCCGCAGCUCACGCAGUACUUCAGCCAGUUUGGGACAGUGACUCGGGUUCGUCUUUCGAGGAGUAAAAAGACAGGAGGUAGCAAAGGUUAUGCUUUUGUGGAAUUUGAAUUUGAUGAAAUUGCAAAGAUAGCCGCAGAUACAAUGAACAAUUAUCUCCUCCGUGAAAAACUCUUGAAAUGCGAGUUUAUACCAUCAGAAAAAGUGCAUGAAAACCUCUUCGAAGGUUCUGAGCGAAGGUUCAAAAGGCCAUCGCAUCCAGCAGUAAAACGCUAUAACCGGAAUCGAACAGCACAGGAGAAAGAAAAGAUGGCACAGCGGUUGUUGAAAAAGGAAACAAAGUUGCGAAAAAGACUUGCUGAGAAAGGAAUAGAUUAUGAUUUCCCUGGGUUUGCUGCUCAGAUGCCUCUGAUAAAGAAAAAGAAGAUUUCAAAAUCAGUUUCUAACAAGAAUGCAUCAGUGGAUGAUGAAGAUCCCACUCCAGUGUGUACACCAACAGUUCUUGAACGCCGACAAUCUCAGCCGGAAGACAGUGAAGAUAAAGAAAUAACUUUCAAACUACCACCUGCGAGUGCAAAAUCUGCCCUACAAAAAAGCAAAACAGCAAAAUUACAGAGAAAAACAGCUGGAAAGAAAAAAAAAAUGUAAACCUUAACAAUUUCUUUAUCACAAGGGCAUUUUUAUUUAAUACACAAGAUGUUUCUCAGUUCUAGGGAUAAGUCCUAUGUAGUUUCAGUAUGUUACUCCCCUUUUCUACUGUCAAAUUGGCAUCCUGUUCUGGAUAUUCUGCCGAAAUCUUCCAGAUUGACUGCAGUUUGGCAGAAGCAACAUUCUGAAUGUUUUUGUUAUGUAGAAAUCCCAGAGUAAUUUUAUGGGUGAGGAGGGCAAGACUGGUGCAUGUCAGCUCUUCCGUCCUUUAGAAACAAAUAUAUAUAAUGUCGCUUCCUCUGCACAGCUUGUGCACCAGUUUAUCAGUGGUUGCAGCAGCUCCCAGCACAGCACAUUUCACCAGUUCACUGUUCAUCCCAGGAUCCCCCCUUCCCUCCAGUGCCACUAGUGUUCUAAGAAGACACAUUCCACUGACCCAUCUACUCAGUAACUUUCUUCCUCCAUUGGCUCUUCUCACCACCACCAGUGACCCACCUAAGCUUUGAUAUUCAGAACAAACACAUCUCAUAAUUAAACAUGGGCUCUACUGCUACAGAAAUAUUUUUAGAUACUGCCAGUUUUGAGGUUUUUAACCCUGUAAAAUGGAACUACUUGAUACCAAAGGUAUCAGAAAUGUUGCCACAGAUGUCUACAAGGAAAGUUUGAACUGUGGGUGAACGUCCAUGAGAGAGAAAAAAUACGGGAUAUUGGAGAAAACGUUUUCUAACUGUAACUCAAAUUCCAAAUAAAUUGAAUCAAAAUCAAAA